AUGGCCAACACAUAUACAUCACUGUUUGAGCGAUCACUUGAAGCCUUCAAAAAGGAUCUCAACAAAAAGGAGCGAGAUAACUUCAAAAUCUCCACGUUGGAAGAUCUGGAGCAAUGUCUCACGCAGUUGCAGGUAAAGCACCGGUCUCAGCGCCGUGUACAGAAUCUGAAUCGACUGAAGCCAUUCCUCGAAGCACUGAAUCAAUUCGGUAAGGUGGUGGAGGUAUUUUGCAAUAGCAGUGAGAUUGUGCCAUUUAUUUGGGGACCGGUCAAGUUCCUGCUCUUGAUCGCAGACUCUUUCGAAAGUGCCCUUUCCGAGUUGCUGGACACAUACGAAUAUAUAGGAGAGAACUUGCCCUUGCUGUUGCAAUAUCAAGAGCUGUUUCGAACCAACCCCCAUAUGAUCAAGGUACUGUCGCUCAUGUACGAGGACAUUCUCAAAUUCCACCGCCUUGCCAUCCAAUAUUUUCAGCAGCGUCUGUGGAAGCAGCUAUGGCACGCAACGUGGAAAACCCAAAAAUCACGCUUCUCCAAUAUAAUUUCAGGCAUGGCACGGCAUCGUGCUUUAAUCGAAAGUCAAGCAGGCCUGUCCCAGAUUGAAGACUUCCAGGAAUCCCGCCGUGUAAUGGACGGUCGGCACAAUGUCGAAGUGCAAGACGAAGCCUCGCGCCGAUCACGUACAGUGUUCAACUGGCUCAAAGCACCUGAUGUUGAUGGAAAUCAGUAUAAUCUGACUCAAACGCGAGCAGGUCAUCCUGGUACCGGAAGAUGGCUUUUGGAAAACCAAGCUUUCAAAGAUUGGUUCGAUCCCAAUUACCCCAAAAUUCCUCCUUUACUUUGGCUGAAUGGGAUUCCAGGUGCCGGAAAAACUGUCCUCGCAUCUCUCGCAAUCGAGGAAACUCGGAAGCUCACACCCAAGCCAACGGUUCUCUUCUUCUAUUGCAAACAUGGUGACCCUGAGCGUAACAACUUUUUAGCAUUGGCCCGAAGUCUGCUUGCCCAAAUUUUGGAGCAGGACCAAAAUCUGCUUCUCUACUUCUACCAGCAAUGCUGCAAUAGCAAAGAUGCGGUGCUUACGUCCCCGGAGAAAGUGACCACGCUUUUAACAUUUGCCUUGAAGAACUGCAAGAGUGCAUAUAUCAUCAUUGACGGGCUCGAUGAAUGCGAAAGAGAUCAACGGAAAGACAUCGCUCAAUGGUUCAGGACAUUAGUCGAGACUCUGCCUAUUGCUGAGCCCUGGAGGCUGCGCUGUCUUUUCACAAGCCAAAAUGACAGCCUAUCACGGAAAGACUUUGAUGAGAUUGCCAGUCUUACUAUAAGAACCGAUGAUAUCAAAAAUGACCUUCAAGGCUUUUGCCGGCGCGAGGCAGACCAACUGAGGGCAUCUUUGUACAUCUCAGAAGACAUGGCUGAUAGUAUCGCUGCGAGAGUAGCUCAGCAAGCUGGGGGCAUGUUUUUACUAGCAAAAUUGAUUUGGCUGAAUUUAUCCGCACAGACUACUAUCGUAGGGUUGGAACAAGAGCUGGAUCCAAACAUUUUCCCCACUGAGGUAAAUGACGCGCAAGGGUUUCUGGUAAAAGACCCAAGGGACAUCUGUGGGUCAUUCGUUGAAGUACGGGAUGACGGAAGCGUCGAGCUGAUACAUUUAACGGCCAGAUUGUUUUUGGUUGACCAAGGUCUUGUUGACCCAUUGAGAGGAGACAUUAGGAUGGCAGCUCGAUGCGUCAACUAUUUGAACUUUCCGCUCUUCGUGAACGCACCGCUGGAGCAUAAUAUUCGUCGUGGCGACUAUGGAUUUAUGGAAUAUUCCGUUAUCCACUGGGUCAGGCAUCUUGAAGGAGCAAUUGCCGAAGCAAAUCGACGCAUCGAAAGAACAAAGGCAGAGGCAACCAGACCUCGCCAAAGUACGCCUGAAGAACCAAAUGGACCCAACAACUUCAUCGCCCUGCGUGAAGAAGACUACUACGCGAUUAUGGCCCCACUCACUGAGUCGUUGGGUGUUUUCAUCGAUCUGCAUUGGUCUCCGCCUAAAAAAUACCUUGAAGUCUCGACACGAAAUAAAAAAAGGCUCCAAGUCUUUCAAGACGUCGGCUUCUAUGCGCGGCUGGAGCAGAUUGUUGUCUCAACCAAGAAGCAGCUUCACUCAUUUGGUCCCCUUAAGCAAGAAGAACUUGCAUUGAACCUAUUCAGCAUUGUGGGUGAUGUCCGCAAAAUAAUAGAAAGGAUAGUAUCAACAGAUCCUUCGUCUGAAAAGGAAAUGGUACAGAAAUAUGGGGACCACCUCUUCCGAUGCCCCCGUUUUAGCUGUCAAUUCUUCUCCUCCGGAUUUCCCUCCUCCGUGGAGCGAGAAAAACAUACUAGCAGGCAUACCCGAGCAUGGAGGUGCAGUGACGAAAAAUGUACUGGUUUUUCAUUUGGCUUUAUUUCAGAGGUCAGUCUGAAAAGGCACAUGAAAGAUUCCCAUCCGGGUGUAUUGCAGAGCCAAGAUUUUCCAUCCGACAGAGACAUUGAAUUAAGCCUUCGGCUAAGGACACCCCAGAUACAUGCUACUACCCAGCGAGCACCCGAGGUUCGGAGUGCACAAGCUGUGCCAGCCACACCUGAUGUUCCAGCCCACACACAAGAGCCACCAAGCUCAGACUCCGAGCCAGAGGUCCGUCCCAUGAAACGUCCAAAGACUCAAGAGAAGCAAGACUUUAAGUGUCCACAUUGUGCAAAGGACUUCAAAAGGCUCUUUAAUCUCAAGUCUCACCUUUUGACCCACACGGCGGAUCGUCCCUUUUCGUGUGAUGUCUGCUACAAGCGCUUUUCCAGAAAAAGUGAUUGCAUUCGACAUGCAAAGACCCAUUCGGGAGAGAAAGUCUGGGUCUGUGAAGGUUGUCUGGUGCCAUUUGCCCGUGCAGACAUGCUCAAUAAUCACCAUCGUGCGCCAAUAGGUCAAGCCUGUCUUACCAAAAUUCAAAGCCAGAGCCAAGAUCAUCUUCUUUGA